UUAUUAGUCACGAUUGAGGCGCACGACCUUGGACAGCCCCCCAGGCAUUCCGUCUGUCAGGUGCGCAUUACAAUUCUGGAUGAAAAUGACAACGCUCCCAAGAUACUAUUUGAGCCCGGGAGUCUGACCAACUACGCUCUAGUGCCUGAAAACGAGGAAGCGGGGCGGAUUGUUGCCGUCUUCACGGUCACCGAUGAAGACAGCGAGGAGAACGGACAAGUUGACUGCCUCCUAUCCUCGAUCUCCUCCAAUGGCCUAGAUGCAGCGAAUCAGCAGUUCCCCAGCGAACUCUCGAAUCUGCAUUCCUCAAUGGAACGAUCCGUAGACAAAUUCUUCCAACUAGAGAGAAUAGAGCUUCCAUUUUCCACAGUGUAA